UUCCCACCUCAAUCGCACCGUCCUCACAGCCGCAGAGGACAAGAAUCUGGCAGCUGCGUUUUGAUGAUGGCGCUCACCGGGUUGUUACUGCUGGAGCUGGUCCUGUACGCCUGCUGCUUCGUCUGCGGAAUUGUCACCGCCGCGUCCCUCACCGUCGUCCAGGGUAAUUUUGGAGGCUUGUGCAUGCUCUACGGACUUGUGAGCUACAACGCAACAGAAAGCAUCAUUGGGGUUCAGGUGUCCAGCUCCGCUUCCGUGUGCUACUUUGUCUCGGCCAUAUCGAUCAUGGUGGCUGUGCUGUGCUUCUCGCUGUCUCUGUACUGGUUAUAUGCCAUCUUCAUCGACGGGAACGUUCAGAGGGAGCAUGUGUGGAUGAAUGCGGCGUUGGUCAUGUGCGGCGUCUUCCUCUUCUUCCUGCUCAUCUCAGGCUUCGUGCUCAAGAUCGGACGAGAUGUGCUUUGCAACUCGGUGAUUCACGGUGUUCCCAACAUCACCAGCUGCGAGGGAGCCCAGACUAAGAAAUGGGUCCAUCCCAUCAAAGGAGACAAUUUCUUCAGCGGCCUGCAGAAAGCCGAGACGGCCGUGUGGGUCAACUUCUUCUUUUGGCUCCUCAUCGGCGUGCUGGUCAUCAUUCAGAGGCGCCAGAACUCGCAGUCCAAGGUGAUUACAGGAGGUCUGAGCGCGCCGACCGGCGGGCUCUUCGCUGAGGCUGGGGUGACGGCCGCCGAGACGGAGCCCUUUUUCAACCGCCCUGCAAGGCCUCAGUGAUGCGGCGAUGAACACGCACAUGCUUUUAUUUUAUUUUUUUGUAAUGACUGUUUGUAUGCACUUAAACCCACACCUAUUGGCUAUACAAGUGUUUUUAAUGUAUUUGAUGAGUCUGGCAAGUGAUGUUUUGAACAUAAUCACUGUAAAAUGUCAAAUCUACAGGUAUGUCCUUUGA